UCAAUUUCGCUCCAAAAUUCUGUUUUAAUAAUUUCAAAAUUAACAGAGUUUUUUUAAAAUUACAACUUAAAUUACAACAUGGCUUACAACGGCGUCCGGCUACCGGGUAUUUUUUGUCCAGAUGAAAGCGUUGAGCAGUUUGCAAGACUUUACGGAAGUGAUAAUUUUAGCAAAUUUAUGAUAAUGUCCUCGAGCAGUCCUUAUCCAAACUAUCAACCGAGUAACGAGCACGCUCCAGUUCAUAAUCAGCCACCGGGAAUGAUGGAAGUCGGCCAGACCAGGUUUUAUGGAAGUCCAUCACCAACUGACGAGCGACAUCUUAAAGUUAAUCCUCGAUAUUGUGCUCAUGCCGUUCAAGGAUCUAGGCCCAUUACGCAUGGAGCCUGUGGUGAUCAUUAUAGGUCCUCGCCAAUUUUAAAAAACCAUAAGCAUGAAUAUCCCCAGCGGGGAGUUCAAAAUCAUCAAGAGAUGCAUUAUCGGCAGUCUCAUCACGCCCAUCGAGGAGUUCAAAGUCAGCCAGGUAGGCAAUAUCAUCACGCCCAACCAGGAAUCCAAAAUCAUCGAGAGAUGCAAUAUCACCCUGAGCAAAAUCGGCACGCCCAUCCUAGAAUCCAAAAUCAUCCGGAGAUGCAAUAUCAUCAUGAGCAGGCUCAGCAACUGAAUUUUAUGUAUCCACCUCCACCUGGACCCAGAUUUCCCUGGCUUUAAAUCACGUUUUCCGGCUAAAUCCAUUUAAGCAAUCGACUUCGCUUGUUUGUAAGUUUUUGUUGGUAACAGUACCGAAGCAUGACGUGAAUUUCUGUAUCGAAAAUCUUAUUUUGUAUUACAAUUAUGAAUAAAUCAAUAUUUAAUUCCGUG